AUGGUUUUGAAGAUCUAUAUAUCGAUUAUGAAGAUGAAAGGCAGUGACAAGGCGAAAGCACAAAAAAAAAUGUAUAGUAUUAUUAACGAUAUACUAAUCGAUGAAUUGAGUAUUGUAUGUGGUAACAUUUCAGGUAUUAUUUAUCAGAAAAUGACACAUAAAGAAAUAAGAAAAGAGGUUCGCAAAGUUUUAUUUGAUUAUGUUAACAAUGGUGUUUAUUAUGAACAUAAGAGUAUGCUAAAAUCAAUUAUAAUACGAUUUGUAAAUGAUUGCCUUCCUAUAAUACAUUCUAAUAUAAACGAUUUACAUUCUGUACUAAAUGAGGAAUAUUAUACUGAUGAUAAAAUGAAAGAAGAAGCAAUCCAGAAAAAUUGGUGUAAUCUUAUUGCCUUAUGGGGUAAGAAACAGACAAAUAUGAUAAUAAAUUCCUUAAUGAUUCAAUAUAUGGUUGAUAAAUAUAAUCAGAAGACCAAUAUGAAUAAAUUUAAGAAUACAACUAAUGAAAAAAUAAAAGUUUCAGAACAAAGUACAGUGAAUAUCAAGCAGACUGAUAAUGCAAUCGAUAAUAAUGCAGUUGAUCAAAAAACAGGGAUGCAUUUCAUGAGUUAUUGUUUAAUAUUUGUGCUAAGAAUAAGAAUAAAGCGACCAAUCUAG